CAACAGAUAGCAAAAGAAAGUUUGGUUGGUGAUCAGCAAAAGUUAAAUACAAAUUAACUCUGGGGUACCUGGACAUGUGACCUGAUACAUUGAAGAUGUCCAACAGCUGUGAGAGGGCUAUAUUGGAUCACUUAUUAGUGAUGUUAUCAGAUCCUGAAUACCCGGUAUGCAUCGUGUAAUGGGCCCAGCUGGGAGAGCCAGCCUCAGAAGGUCACAGCCAUUCACGGCCUUGAUGUUAGAAGUCUCAUUUGCUUUGACUGACAAUGAGGUGUCGGCCCUCAAGCUGGCACUUCGGUGUGACGGUCAAUCAACAAAAAGGGCGAUUUAUGCCAUGAAAAAUGCGCACGAUGUUGUGCACGUGAUGAGGGACCUGGACCUAGUAAAUGAGGUCAACACAGAUUAUUUGGAACAUCUUUUGUGCCAAUGUGGGAGAAAAGAUCUAAUGCUGAAGAUCAGACACUAUCAUGAUAAGCGUCUUGAGCACAGUCAACAACAGACUACGGUCAAACAACCAGUUAGUCCUCCUGGGUCCUUUACUCAACUUAAAUCUUAUCGCGUGCAGGAAGUGACUGAUGAGUCCAGAGGGGCGCCUUCAGGGGCAUCCAUGCUUAGGACAAGGUCAAGGUCAUGUUCGGAGGGUAUCAUGGAAGGCUCUGAAUUAACCUGGGUGGAUGACCUUUCUAAACAAGCGGUCCAGAACGUGGACCAGUUAGCCUGUUUCAUCCGAGAUCAUGCGACCAGUCUGAAGCGUGUUGGACUCCAGAGUGAUCUUGAUUUGCCAGAUGAGUUGGGAAACAUCUAUGAAGCUGGGCCAGUAGCCAGUGUAAGUAAUGAAAAGAAGGAGAUCCUGUGUUGCAAUUCGCUGAGCUGUUCCCAGAAGAGCCAGAUGUCCAUUGACCUCUCACAGUCACAGGGGAGUCAGAUGAGCAUCAGCGAUGAUGAAUAACUGGAGAAUCUGAAUGACUGGAAUGGUCCGUAGCUCCCAGAAUGGUAUUUUCAAGGGCUUGAUCAGCAUUGAGCUCCUGCAUGACUGGAAUGGUCCGUAGCUCCCAGAAUGGUAUUUUCAAGGGCUUGAUCAGCAUUGAGCUCCUGCAUGACUGGAAUGGUCUGUAGCUCUCAGAAUGGUAUUUUCAAGGGCUUGAUCAGCAUUUUUAAUGGUUGAAAGUAUGAUGAAAGUUGGUUUUCAAAAUCAAUUAUUAGUUCCUGUUAUGUAGAUAGCAUUCCUACAGGACUAAUAGUCUGUUAUUGGAAGGUUUAAUCAUUCAAUUUUUCGUUUAUGAAGUUCAUUUGAAGGGACGUUUAUAAAUAUUUAUGUUCUGUAGAUAGUGAUGUUGGUAUUUCAAUGUUUGCAAUUUUGUAAUGAAGUUGAAUUGUAAUUUAUAAAUGUUGUCUGGAGAUUGGAAGCAUAAUUCAUAUGGUUGUUUGCAAGUACGCCAUCUUGUUGAAUUAUGCAUUGUCUAUGUUUUGACUGUGUUAAAUGGCAUCUUUGAUUUACCGGUGAGAUUUUCCUUCUGAUGUGCAUCAUUGUUUACCAAAUAUACUGGCAAAGGUUCUUAUGCACCACAGACAGCAUUUCUUCGUUAAGAAAACUUUGUUGUAUGGUCAAAUUGUCUACUUAUUGAAGUCUUUAUAAAUGAUCAUUUAAUACACAUGCAUGUUUCCACAGAGUCAAAUGGUGUUUAACCAUACACACUUUUUAUGCUCCCCAUAUAUAUAUAUGGGGAGCAUAUAGUUGCCAGUUUGUCCUUCCGCACUUCCGUACGGUCACACUUUUGUUACAGUUUCUCAUAGCACCUUCAAUACUUUACCAAUCUCUUUCAUAUUUGGCAUGUAGAUACCUUGCAUGGACCUCUACCUUUUGAUGACGUUUGAGGUCACUGGGGUCAAGGUCAUUAAGGCUAAUAAUAGACUUUUGUUACAGUUUCUCAUAGCACCUUCAAUACUUUACUGAUGUCUUUCAUAUUUGGCAUGUAGGUACCUUGCAUGGACCUCUACCUUUUGAUGAUGUUUGAGGUCACUGGGGUCAAGGUCACCAAGGCUAAUAAUAGACUUUUGUUACUGUUUCUCAUAGCACCUUCAAUACUUUACCGAUCUCUUUCAUAUUUGGCAUGUAGAUACCUUGCAUGGACCUCUACCUUUUGAUGACGUUUGAGGUCACUAGGGUCAAGGUCACCAAGGCUAAUAAUAGAUUUUUCCGUCACACUUUUGUUACAGUUUCUCAUAGCACCUUCAAUACUUUACCGAUCUCUUUCAUAUUUGGCAUGGAGGUACCUUGCAUGGACCUCUACCUUUUGAUGAGAUUUGUAGUCACUGGGGUCAAGGUCAAGGUCACCAAGGCUAAUAAUAGAUUUUUAUGCCCCCCUUCGAAGAAGAGGGGGUAUAUUGCUUUGCUCAUGUCGGUCUGUCUGUCGGUCCGUCCACCAGGUGGUUGUCAGACGAUAACUCAAGAACGCUUGGGCCUAGGAUCAUGAAACUUCAUAGGUACAUUGAUCAUGACUCGUAGAUGACCCCUAUUGAUUUUGAGGUCACAAGGUCAAAGGUCAAGGUCACGGUGACCAGAAAUAGUAAAAUGGUUUUUGAAUGAUAACUCAAGAACGCAUACGCCUAGGAUCAUAAAACUUCAUGGGUAGAUUGAUCAUGACUUGCAGAUGACCCCUAUUGAUUUUGAGGUCACUAGGUCAAAGGUCAAGGUCACGGUGACCCGAAAUAGUAAAAUGGUUUCCGGAUGAUAACUUAAGAACGCAUAGCCUAGGAUCAUGAAACUUCAUAGGUAGAUUGAUCAUGACUCGCAGAUGACCCCUAUUGAUUUUGAGGUCACUAGGUCAAAGGUCAAGGUCACGGUGACCCGAAAUAGUAAAAUCGUUUUCGGAUGAUAACUCAAGAACGCAUACGCCUAGGAUCAUGAAACUUCAUAGGUAGAUUGAUAAUGACUUGCAGAUGACCCCUAUUGAUUUUGAGGUCACAAGGUCAAAGGUCAAGGUCACGGUGACCCGAAAUAGUAAAAUGAUUUUCGGAUGAUAACUCAAGAACGGUUUUGCCUAGGAUCAUGACACUUCAUAGGUACAUUGAUCGUGACUCGCAGAUGACCCCUAUUGAUUUUCAGGUCACUAGGUCAAAGGUCAAGGUCACAGUGACAAAAAUCGUAUUCACACAAUGGCUGCCACUACAACGGACAGCCCAUAUGGGGGGCAUGCAUGUUUUAUUACUACUACUAGUACUACUACUACUACUACUACUACUACUACUACUACUUCUACUACUACUACUACUACUACUACUUCUACUACUACUUCUACUACUACUACUACUACUACUACUACUACUACUAUUACUACUACUACUACUACUACUACUACACCACCACCACCACCACCACCACCACCACCGUUCACAGUGACAAAAAAUGUAUUCACACAAUGGCUGCUACUACAACUUAUAGCCCAUAUAGGGGGGCAUGCAUGUUUUACAAACAGCCCUUGUUCCAUCACACUUUUGUUACAGUUUCUCAUAGCACCUUCAAUACUUUACCGAUCUCUUUCAUAUUUGGCAUGUAGGUACCUUGCAUGGACCUCUACCUUUUGAUGAGAUUUGUAGUCACUGGGGUCAAGGUCACCAAGGCUAAUAAUAGAUUUUCUCAAGGUCACACUUUGGUUACAGUUUCUCAUAGCGCCUUCAAUAUUUGACGGAUCUCUUAUAUAUUUGGCAUGUAGGCACCUUGCAUGGACCUCUACCUUUUGAUAAGGUUUGAGGUCACUGGGGUCAAGGUCACUGAGGCUAAUAUUAGAUUUUCUCAAGGUCUCACUUCUUUUCACACAAUUAACCCAUAUUUCGACAAAGCAUCAUUGGGGAGCAUCCAUCAGUUUUACUGAUAUCCUUGUAGUGUACAUGUACAUGGUCAGUGAUGUGUAUGUAUAGUAUAUUGAUGUUACUGAAUUAUCCUAUGUGAAAAUUGUAAUUAACUUUAUUUACAACAUUUCAAAUGGCAACUACUUAUAUAUUUUAGAGAAGAUUGAUAAUGUCAUAUACACUAUACAAGAUAUGUGUUCUGAUAUGUGUGUUCAAUUGAAAUGAUUAUUUCUCUAUAAAUUAAUUUACCUUUAACAAGGCAGCUAUAUAAAAAAGAGGUCAUUCAUUUUCAUAAAGAAGUCCCAUCCAAGAUACAAUGUUAUUACUUAACAGUAUGAUUGUUUAUCUCAUGACAAACUGGGUAGAUGUUCAAAGGUUGACUACAGUUGCAAAUUUUAAUCAUGUGUUUGAUCAUCAAUAUUAAUUUUCCUAUUUUACGAAAUGAUCAUAUCAAUUGCAAAUGGCAGCUUUAUGCAAUCUCAUGUUCUCUAAGGUUUUGAUUUCAUUCUCAUUAUUUAUUACUCUAAAUUCAGGAUAAUUACUGUAAUCAUUAAAAGUGGUAUUUUCUUACAAAAAUGCAUUUUAUCAUUAAUGCAAGAGAUGUGUUUGUCAGAAACACAAUGCCCCCUAUUGCGCCGCUUUGAAGCCAUAUAUUUGACCUUUGAUCUUGAAGGAUGACCUUGAUCUUUCACCACUCAAAAUGUGCAGCUCCAUGAGAUACACAUGCAUGCCAAAUAUCAUAUUGCUAUCUUCAAUAAUGCAAAAGUUAUUGCAAAACUUUAACCAAAGCCGUCCAUUUGUCCACAUUUGGUUUGUAAACACUCUAGCAUUCACACUUCUCAAGCAUUCUUUAUGAAAGUUGCUGAAAGAUCUCAGUCAAGUUUGAUAAUGAGCAAAAUCACAUAAUGCCAUAAUUAUUGCCCUUAGAUUGUCCAAAUUUUCAUUAUAUUAUACAAAAUCCUUGUAAACACUCUAGAGGUCACAAUUUUGUUUCAGAUUUUAUGAAUCUUGGUCAAAAUAUUUAUUUUUGUAAGCAAAGUUUGAUGUUUGGUACAAAUGUAGGUCAACUCAAAAUAUAGGUCACCAGGUAAAAUCUUACAAAAACAAAAACACUCCAUACGGCAGAGUUUUGGUUCAAUAAUGAUGAAACUUGACCAGGAUGUUUGUCUGGACAAUAUCUAGGUCACGUUUGACGUUUGGUAAAGAUUAAAUGAACCGACUCCUCUCAGGUGAGCAAACUAGGGCCAUCUUGUAAGGUUGUUCCGGUUGGUGGAAAAACAUGGCCGCCAAGGGGGCGUGGCAUUUUUCCUUAUAUAGAUAUAUAUAUAUAUAUAUAGUAAAAUCUUGUUACCACUAUAGAAGCCACAUUUAUUUUCCGAUCAUCAUGAAACCUGGUAAGAUGAUUUGGUCAGAAUGAUAUCUUGGACAUGUUCGAGAAUGGUUCCAGUUGCUUGAAAAACAUGGCCACCAGGGGGCAGGGCAUUUUUUCUUAUAUGGCUUCACGAAUCUUUAUGAAACUUUGUCAGAAUAUUUGUUUAAAUGAUAUCUUGGAUGUGUAUGAAAAUGGUUCUGGUCUGUUGAAAAACGUGGCUGCCAGGGUGUUCACUAGUCAUGAAAGUUGGUAUUAAAGAACAUUUGUUCUAAUGACAUCUUGGACUGCAAGGAACAGGUCAGUUCCUUUUAAUCUCAGGUGAGCGACUUUGGGCCUUUCAGGCCCUCUUGUUUAAGAAAUUAGACUUGAUAUUUGAAACAGUCAGUUUUUAAUCAAAAUAUUUUGCUUCGUCCCAUUGGUCACAAGAGGCAAUGAAAAUGUUCCUCCCUGGCAAAACGGAUUGCAUGUUAAGAUAUGGUUGGACUGAUUUUUGCUAAUAAGUCUUUAUUUCUUUUGAGCUAAGUUCCUGAUAUUAAUUGACAAAAUACAGAAAAACAAAACUUGUUAUUAUGCCCCUGGUAGGCUGGCAUAACGCAGUUGAACUGUCUGUCCGUCUGUCCGUCCAUCCGAAAACUUUAACAUUAGUCAUAACUUUUGCAAUAUUGAAGAGAGCAACUUAAUAUUUGGCAUGCAUAUGUAUCUCAUGGAGCUGCACAUUUUGAGUGGUGAAAGGUCAAGGUCAUCCUUCAAGGUCAAAGGUCAAAAAAACAAAUCCAAGGGAAGUAACAAAAUUUAAAGGGAGAUAAUUUCUAUUUUAUAUCAUUUGGCAGGUACAGAUCAUUUUAACAAGGGAAGUAAUAUUUUUUUUAAUAGAUAUAAUCAACAACAAAAAUUAUUCAAAGCGGCACAGUUUGUUUCUGACAAACACAUCUCUUCUUAAUUUUCAUUCCAGACUAAUGUCAAACUUCAUAUUCUUAUUGUUGUAUUUUUGUGUUGUGUAGAUAGGUAAUGACAUUGUGCGUUAUGUUUCCUAUAUUCUAUUAAAUAUAUAUAUGGCUUAAAUAUAUAUGGCACAAUGUUCACUUAGUGAGCUUUUGUUAUUGCCCUUUAUGCAAAUUCCAUUUUGGUUUUCAAAAUUGACUUUGUAAUCUUGCUCACAAUAAUAUUUGCCUUUUCCAAACUAAUAUUAUGUAUAUAGACAACCAGCAUGAUGUGUAUGAGAUAUUAGUGGUGGCAUUGAUAUUGGGGGAAUUAGUGACCUGCAUUGAUGUUGGGGGAAUUAGUGACCUGCAUUGAUGUUGGGGGAAUUAGUGACCUAUGGACUCAUUUCUAGUUCAUAUAAAUCGUGUUACACAUAGCUUAGAGCUUUUCAAAAAGGCAAAAUAGGUGGAUAGUACAGUAGAACAGUAUUUAACAAAGUAUGUAAGGUUGUUAGCUCAUGCUUUUACAAAAAGCAGAUAUUUUCAUACAAUUGUUGUAGGCAGUUGAACAGUAUUUUAACAAAGUAUGUAAUGUUGUUAGCUUGUGCUUUUACAAAAAGCAGAUAUUUUCUACCAAUUGUUGCAGGCAGGUAUGGAGAAAUAUACCAAAUAAGUAUUACAUUUGAAACGUGUUCUGGUCAAAUUGAGGAAUACCCUCUGUAUAUCAUGUGUUAAGAUAUGUGUUCAUUCCACAGCGCAUGUAAAGAAAUUAUGGUAUCAAGAUUUGUUUAUGACCCAACUAACAUAGUGGAGGCGGACAGGUGUUUUAAUGGUUUAGCAGUGAAAAUAUUUUUUAUAGUAUUUAUUUCUUAAGGGAUUUUUGAAAAAUAGUUUAUAAAUCAUGUCAAUGAUGAUUCAAAUUAUUUUAUGUUUAAGUGUCAAAUUUAUGUUUGUAUAUUUUUUAGCUCGGCUGUUUUCGGAGAAAACCCGAGGUAUUGUCAUAUCCAGCUCGUCAUGUCGUCCGCGUUGUGCUAAAACCUCAACAUUUUGUCAAGGUUUUGAACAUUGGCUCUAAAAUCAAAGUGCUUCGACCUACAACUUUGAAACUUCAUUUGUAGCUGCACCUUGGUGAGUUCUACACCCAUAUUUGGGUCACUAGGUCAAAGGUCAAGGUCACUGUGACCUCUAAAAAAAAAAAAAACUGACAAGCUUUCAUUUCUUCAAAAAUGCACCCGCAGCCGAGCGUGGCACCCGUUAUGCGGUACUUGCUCUUGUUAUAUUACCAGGUGAAAAUUUCAACUAAAAUUUGAAUUUAUUUUGAAAACUUAUUAAGUUCAAUAAACCAUUGUUUGCUAUGCCAAAAUAAGAACAUUAGGUACACUUUAUAAAAGAUCAUGUAACAUGUGAUAAAUAUAUUAACAUCAAUUAUGUCUACUUGCCAAUAGUCUUUUUUGGAAUGUGAGUUAAGUUCAUUUUAUACUUGUUUUAUUUAUUUGCCAGUUUGGUCACUAAUAGUGUUCAAAUUUAUGAAUAAUUUGCAUUCAAUUAUUUUCUGGUCAAAGUGUCUUUAUUGGGACUAAAGAUAAUGAGAUGCAUGCGUUUGUUCAUUAAUAUGCCAGUUAGAUCACCAAAAGUGUUCAAGUUAUUAUGUUUUUGUCAUAGUUUCUUAAAUAAAAACUUUAUUAUGCAA